AUGGACAAGAGUUGGAUGUUACUUAAGAAUAGGAUGAGUUCCCAGUAUCGAGAUGGGGUGAAGGCUUUUGUUCAAUUUGCAAUGAUGAAUGUAGAGCCAAAUGAUAAGAUUCGUUGCCCAUGUAUGGACUGUUUGAAUUGUGAACGACAUACUUGUAAAAUUGUGGAGUAUCAUUUAGUUGUGAAAGGGAUGUCCCCUUCUUAUAAGACUUGGGUGCAUCACGGGGAAUCUGUUCCCAUGAAUCAAUCUCAUGCAUUGAAUAAUGACAACCACAAUGACUUUGGAAGUGUUGGGGAUAGAAUGGAAGCAGAGACAGGCGAAGAUCAAGAUGAAAUCCUAAAUUUGUUAGAAGAUGUUUACAUGGGGACUACCAUAAAUGAUGAUGAAAAUGAAGAGGAUGAGGAGGAAGGUGACAAUGACAAUGACAAUGACGAUGAUGUGGCUAACAAUGUUGAAAAAGAGGGCGUGCCCAACUUUAACAAAUUGUUGAAUGAUGCUCAAAGAGAGUUGUACCCUGGGUGUCGUAAGUUUUCUCUUUUAUCAUUUGUUAUUAAGAUGCUUCAUGUGAAGGUGUUGAACAAGUGGAGCAAUAAGUCUUUCAACAUGUUGUUGGGGAUAUUAAAGGACCAUCUACCGGUAAGUGAUCAAGUGAUUCCAUGGACCCUUUAUGAAGCCAAAAAAUUCUUACGUGCCUUAGGCUUAGGAUAUGUGUCGAUUCAUGCAUGCAAGUAUGAUUGUGCACUUUUCUGGAAAGAGAAUGCAAAUUUAGAGAAUUGUCCGAUUUGUCAAGAGUCUAGAUACAAGUCGAAUUAUGGAAAAGGUAAAAAAGUUCCUCACAAGACCUUAAGAUACUUCCCGUUGACAUCAAGGUUGCAGAGAUUAUAUAUGUCGAGAAAAACAGCAAUAGAUAUGAGAUGGCAUAAAGAGAAACGAGUAGAUGAUGGGAUAUUGAGACACCCGGCUGAUGGUGAGGCAUGGAAGGAUUUUGAUAGGCAACAUCCUUUGUUUUCCCAAGAGAGUCGAAAUGUGAGGUUAGGGUUGGCCACUAAUGGUUUCAAUCAUUUUAGAAACAUGAGCAACUCAUGUAGUAUGUGGCCUGUGAUUGUUAUGCCUUACAACUUGCCUCCUUGGAAAUGUAUGAAACAAGCAUUUAGUAUGCUGUCAUUGCUUAUCCCUGGACCACAAGCACCAGGGAGAGAUAUCGAUGUUUACAUGCGACCAUUAAUUGAUGAGUUGAAGGAGUUGUGGGAAGAUGGUGUGCUUACUUAUGAUGCCUCAACUGAAUUAAGUUUUCAAAUGCAUGCAGCUGUUAUGUGGACAAUUAAUGACUUUCCUGCAUAUGGAAACUUGUCAGGAUGGAGUACGAAAGGGUAUUUGGCUUGUCCCACCUGUAACAAAAAUGCUUCCUCACAACGGUUGAGAGAUAGGAAGAACAAAGACACAGAAAAAGCACGCAUGGAUUUGGAAGAUAUGAAAAUAAGGAAGGAGUUGCACUUAAAAAGGCGUACCGAUGGAUCUUUUGAAAAGCCCCCAGCAUUGUACACUUUGUCCUCAGAUGAAAGAUAUGGUUUUUGUGAGUUUUUAAAGUCAAUUAAGUAUCCUGAUGGUUAUGCAGCAAACAUCUCAAGGUUAUUGGCUAAUGCAAAGAGAUAA